AUGGAUUUUUCAAAUUUGUUUUCUGUAAAGGAUAAGGUUGUUUUAGUUACCGGAGGCUCAAGAGGAAUCGGCGAAAUGAUUGCCACUGGAUUUGUAUCUGCUGGAGCAAAAGUAUACAUUACAAGCCGUUCCGCUGAUGUCUGUUAUAAAGUCGCAAAAGAACUAACAGCCAAGGGCCCUGGACAGUGCAUUGCCAUCCCUGCCAACUUACAGCAUAUUGAUGAGAUUAAACGCUUAGUUGCCGAGAUUUCAAAAGCAGAAGAUCAUCUUGACGUGCUAGUCAAUAAUGCAGGUGCAAAUUGGAGCGAGUCUUUUGAGAAGUUCCCUGAUGAAGCUUUUGAGAAGGUCAUAAGCUUGAAUCUAAAGCGUAUCUUUACUUUAACUCAGGCCUGUCUUCCACUUUUGACAGCAAAGGCUGCACCAGAUAAUACUAGCUCAGUCAUCAACAUUGGAUCUAUUGACGGCGAGAGGUCACCUCCACAAGAAACAUACGCGUAUUCAGCUUCAAAAGGUGGCCUUCAUCAUAUGUCACGCCAUAUGGCUGGAAAACUAGGUCGUAAAAAUGUACGUGUCAAUGUAGUUGCUCCUGGUGCCUUUCAAUCCAAGAUGAUGAAGGCUACAUUAGAUAAAUUUCAUAAACAGAUCGUUGCUUCCAUUCCUGCCGGUAGAAUUGGCUCACCAGAGGAUAUUGCUGGUACAUGUAUCUACUUGUCUUCUAGAGCUGGACAGUACACAAAUGGUGCCACGAUUACUGUUGACGGCGCUGCUCUUGCUGCUUCUAGGAUGUAA